GAGAAAGUUUACGGUGAAGAAGUGGGUUAGGGGCUUAGCUGGGCGAGCUGAGGUGUAGUUUACUUCACCCCUUGCCUUUUCUAAUUGUCUAAUGCUCGCGCGUUUCUUUUUGGAGGAAGAUACACUUGGGCCGCCUUUAAACUCAGAUUGGGUAGAAAUUAUUGAGCCCCGUUCUAGGGAGCGAAUGUACGUCAAUUUGACAACUGGAGAGUGUGGUUGGGAUCCACCACCUAAUCUCAGAGUUCGGCAGUCUGAUGAAAACCAGUGGUGGGAACUCUUUGAUCAAAACAACAAUCGUUUCUAUUAUUAUAAUGCCAUCACUCAGCAGACUGUGUGGCACAGGCCUCAGGGUUGUGACAUUGUGCCACUAGCUCAGCUCCAAGCCAUGAAACGUAAUUCCCAGUCUGAUUUCAGGACAUCACAGCACAGGAACAGUACAAGUAGUGAGGGACGAAAUACUCCUAUCCAGAUAACUCUUCUACAGGACAUGGAGAACAGUAAAGACAACAUCAGUCUCGAGAAGAGGCCAGAAACUGAAAGAGAUACCCUUACUGGUUGGCAGCCUUUGCCAGGGACUAAAGCAGCCAUGCUGGUCAAAGUUAAUAGCCUAAGAAAAGUAAAUUGUUCCUCAAGCAAUUCCUUUCAGAUGCAAAACGAUUCAGAAAUCAGCAGUCAGGAAUCAAUGAAUCCCAAAGCAGUUGUAUAUGCCCAGUCUCAGUCUAUCGUCCCAAACUCAUUAACUCCAAAAUCUACAGCUCCAGUAGAGAUGAAGCGUUCAAUGAAAAUUAAAAAGACAGAGAAUGGAGGAUUUUGUCUGGUACUAACUAAUGGGUAUACUCCUCAGCCUCCCUCAGGAAAUCAGUUACAAAAAUUGCCUGCAUCUCCCAAAUAUGCUUCUCCACCUCCAAUAUAUGAUGAACCAUCAAUUGACUCCCCAAUUUAUGAUGAGCCUCCUACAGAUAUGGAUAUUAGAAUUACAAAUAUGAGUGGGACAACUCCACAAUUGUCCCCAAGCAAUAGCUUAAAUAAGAAGAUGCAACCAAUUAAAUUAUUACAGCCUCCAAGUAUACAGCAACACCAGGGUGGAAAAAAGCAUUUGAGAAACCCGUCUACAACAGAAUACAGCCCUGUGGGAAAAGAAUAUAUUAAACACAUGGUCAACAUUGACCAGUCAUCCAAAAAAACUCAUUCUACCACUGUGAUAGUUGAUGGCAUUGAUAAAUCCCAGUUGGGUCAGCUUAGCUCUAGGGAGAGCUUCAAGCAGUCAUGGAAAGUCGUAGAAGCUAAUGUUCUUAAAAAUAUGGAAGUCCAUAAUCGCCAGCAGAGCAGUGUUCAGACUCAAUAUCCUACAGUGAUAAGUCAGCAAGACUCUGGCUAUUCGACAGGUCCUUCUCCAAGUUUAAGAAAGAGAAAAGGAAGACGACACGUUCCAGGCCUGGGAAGACCUUGUUCUGUAGGCAGCAACAGCGAACUUACUGUGCUGAAUGACAAGCUUAUUGCAGAGAUGCGUGCAGUAGUGAAUAGAUCUGCUGCCUGCAGGGGGAGCAAAGGUAGUUUAGAUGCAGAAAUGCUAGACAACAUGAGUAUGCUAGAAGGUAAUAAAAUUAAGUUUCAAUCAGACUACUUUAAAAAGUGUAAUAGCAGGAACUCAAGAGAUGAUCUUACAUCUAGUAACAGGUCAUUAUAUAGGCCUACAAUGGAGGGUAAAGGCCUCUCAAAUGAUCCAGCAAUACAGCAAGAUGUGGUGAGACAGAAGAGAACUUAUGAAAAAAUAGAUUCUUUAGAAAAGAAUGUGUCCAGCUUGAUAAACCCAUCAUCAUCAGACACAGCACAAUUAUCAACACAGUGUGGAACAAUUGGGUCUGAUUCUCAAGAAGAGAAUAAUGUUCAGUCUGGAACCAACAUCAGAUAUCAGUUUCCCUUCCACACCAUACGAAAGCCCAUCUCCCAAAGCAGCAUGACUGACUGGGCUUCCAAAAAUCUUAAUAUGCAUACUCAGGGCAUUUUUCGUCGGAGGCUCUCCAUUGCCAACAUGUUAUCUUGGAAUGGUGGCUCCAUCAAAAAGCCAAUGCUUAUCACCAGUAACUACACCAUCAAAAAGGAAGCCUGUGAAAUAUUUAAACUGGUACAAAUCUAUAUGGGUGACCGGCAAGCCAGAAUGGACCGCAAUAAUGUCGCUUUGAUGACCAUCACCAAAUGCUGGAGUAUUCAAGGUUUACGGGAUGAGCUGUACAUUCAACUAAUCAGACAAACAACAGACAAUAUGUGCUACCAAAGUCUGGCACGGGGCUGGGAACUUAUGGCAAUUAGUCUGGCCUUUUUCUCCCCAUCACCCAAAUUCCAAUCUUAUCUGGAAGGUUACAUCUAUCGUCACCUCAGCCAAAUCGCAGAUGAAAAUAUUACCCAACGCAUUAAGGAACUUCUGGAUCUGAAAAACAAAAAGAACUCAAAAUCCAGGAAAAAGAGAAAACAAAGCACAGAGGAUGAAGGUCUACCAAUCAGCACUUAUGCCAGGUAUUGUUACCGAAAGCUGCAAAAAGUAGCAAUCACUGGAGGCAAAAAAGGUCUUCGGAAGCCUACAGUUGAGGAGAUAAUACAUGCCAAGAAUGCUAUUGUGACACCUUCAUUGUUUGGCAGCUCACUGGAAGAAAUCAUGUCACGGCAGCAGGACAUGUAUCCAGAUAACAAGCUGCCUUGGGUACAAACACAGUUGUCUCAGCAAGUACUGCGACUCGGGGGAGAACAGACUGAGGGAAUAUUCAGAAUUCCUGGUGAUAUUGAUGAAGUCAAUGCUUUAAAACUACAGGUGGACCAGUGGAAGAUUCCUACCAACCUUAGUGAUCCCAAUAUACCAGCUUCUUUGCUAAAGCUGUGGUACCGGGAGUUGGAAGAGCCUGUCAUCCCACAACAAUUCUACAAGGAAUGUGUCAGCAACUAUGAGAAUCCUGAUGCUGCAGUUGCUGUAGUUGAACUUCUGCCAGAGCUCAAUAAAUUGGUCUUGUGUUACCUCAUCCACUUUUUACAGAUUUUUGCCCAGCCAAUCAAUGUAGGCAAAACCAAGAUGGAUGUAAACAACUUGGCUAUGGUAAUGGCUCCAAACUGCCUGCGAUGCCAGUCUGAUGACCCCAGAAUCAUCUUUGAAAAUACCCGCAAAGAGAUGUCUUUCUUGCGCAUGCUGAUUGUGCACUUGGACACCAGUUUUAUCAAAGGAAUUAUGUGAAGGAUUGUUUUCUGGCAAGACAGUGCAAAAAGAGCAAUUACUUGGCCCCAGCAUUUCCUUUUUGGAGCCUCAUAUUGUUUCCUCUAGAGUUUCCAAGAUCCUACAGUUCUUUGUGAUGCUUUCAUUUACUUAUGCUGAUAGUAAGGUUGAUGAAUCUUCAAUAAUCCCCAAAUGAUUCAAGUCAGUGACCAUACUAGAAAGACCCAAAGGUGCUUUUUCAAGAGGCAACUGGACUUUCUGUUUUUUCUUUGAAGACUUUUUAUUUCUCAGCUUCAGAGCUGAAGAAGAAGCAGCUUCUUGGAUGAAACAUCUUCAAAGAAAAAAAACAAAGUCCAGUUGCCUCUUGAAAAAGCACCUUUGGGACAACCAUGACCUGGAUGACUGAGAAUCUUCAUAGACAUACUAGAAAGAAUUUUGAGGCACCAGAGAGCAAAAUGUUACAUCAUGUUCUGGGCCAGUCCUAAGACCUGCAAUAGUUGUUUCCAGCAGUUCUGUAUAUUCAAAGCCCAAAUGUUAUAUUGCUUUGCACUUCACUGAGAAAUCUUAGUGGAAUUAAAAGUGGAAUUGUCUGUUGGAAACAAAUUGUUUGCAGAUACUGGGAUUUACUUGUUACCUGAAGAUUCAGUACUUCACUAGACAUGCCUCAUUUCAGGUAAAAUUGUUACUUCAGGCUGCUAAAGUACAUAUUCUGCCUGGUUCUGACAUUCAGAUUGCUGACUGCUUUCUUCUCAAGUUUCUCUGGUAUGUUUUCUGCCUUUCGAGGACAAUUCUCUUACCAAAAAGAAGUUUUGAAGCAGUAGAUGGGCUGUAGCUUGUGACAGAGGAUGACUUUUGCUAUGCCUGAGGGUACCUUACGAUUAAAGUUCCAAGCGUCAAUAUUGUCCAAAAACAAAAAUUCUCUUGAAUUGAAUUUUGGUACAAAGCAAAACAGCAAGAAAGUGAAACUGUACAUUUCCCUUGUUUUGCCUACAGUGAUUUGGGAAGAGACUAUUUAAGUCUUAAGCCGCUUUUAGCUUACGUUUGCUCCUAUAUUGUUUGGAUCAGAUGAUUCAGACUCAAGAAAUCCUUUAAUUUCUUUAAUUCAGAUCACUACAAUUUAAGUAAUUUGGAUUUGGGAUUUCUCCAGAAUGGAGAUUUAUCCAGUAGGACAAAUUGCAAUAUUAUAGCCUCUUCCUCCUUAUUUCAGCAUAAACUAAAAUCAGGUACUGAGGUGUUAUAAAGCCUUUUAGAGCAAACAUGAAUAACUACUUAAAGGCUCCUGCCAAUAUCAAGAUUUUGUGUUCUAUUUCAGCUUAUUCUAAGCAGAUAAAAUUAUCUUUUUAAACAUUGAAUUAAAGAAGCUGCAAGGUGAAGAGAUUUAAGUGAAUAGAAGGUGCAGGUUUGGAGAAAAUUAACUGUACUUCUCUUUAUCACUUUCUAAAUAUCCUCAGUGUGCUGUUAAAUGCAGAAUGAAAUAGAGAAGGCCAAAUUAUAUCUGUCUUGUUUUCUUCCUGACCAGUAGCAAUUUCAGAACUAUAAUUUGAGUUGUGACUAUAGUAUAUAGAGGAAAAUAUAUGUUUCCCAGUUCUCCAGUUAAAAUCAAAUCCGUACUACCUCCCACAACUGCAUAUUAAAUAAAAAAAAUACUGAUAGCUCCAAAUACAAAUUUCUCACAUCAUGCAUUAUAACUAUUAAAAGGUAUGCUGUCUUACUCUGGACUUCAUUCUAUUCUUGCCUAAACAUCUCUGCCUUCUUCAGAAAGACUGCUGUUCUCUGUUCGUUCAGUCCCCAGAACACAUGCUGAAUAGAAGGACUGGUGCUUCAGUUCUGCUUCUUUCUUUUGUUCUUAUACUGCAAACACAUCCCUGAAUCUGAAGCCUUCAGUGUUCCUUUAUGUCAUUUUGGAAGUAAGUGUAAUUCUUUCAUCAAAUUUCUGGUCAGAAUAACAGGCUUGAAUUUCAUGGAAACAAAAUGUGAAUGGUCAAGGAAAUAAUGUUAUGGAAAAACAAAAAUCAACUUUGUUCAUUCUUAAAAGUUGGUGCUAAGAGCUCUUCCUUUGCCAGUAAGAAUAUGAUUUGUCCUAGACAUAUUAGUAUUUCCAAGUCACUGGUUAGUAUGAUCUAACUGGGUAAAGAAAUAUAUAUUUUCCUUCUAUUGCCAGAAAUUAUGAUACUUGUUAGAAGGUUCUCACACGUUAUUAAUGGAAUUAACAUUUACUGUUUCCUUUUCGUGUCAGUUCUGCUGUAAAAUUAGAUCCUUUAAGAUGAUCUAUGUUGUAAUGCCAAAGUUUUUGUUCACUCUUUACCUCAUAGUAUUUUUUGAGAUUUAGCUGCUUUUAAGGUAACAAAUCUGGAAAUAUUAAUUUCUAGAUUCCAAAUAAGGCCAUCUUUUGAGAGUUUGUUAUGAAUUAUAUAUACAUCUAUGCAGCAACAUAUGGAUUAUCCUGGGGUAAAGGCUAUAUUAUUUGUGGGUUCUUACAGAAAGAGUAAUGCAGCAUUUCUCAUCCAGGGAUCAUCCAAAUAUGUAGAUUUUAUUUCCCAGAAUUCUCUAAAUAGCAUAACUGCCUAAAAAAUCUGAGAGUUGAACUGUCACAUUUCAGUUUGGGGGGGAGGGGCAGGGAGAAACUGGAAUAAGGCAAUAUAUCACAUACCUAUUUCAACUAUGUUAUCAGGCAGACACAAGUGAUACCCAUGGAUCUGUACGUAAUUGAUACUUUAAACCUCACUAAACCCAAAAUCCAGGCAUUGAUUAUGAUACAUAAAGUUUCAUUUGAUGUAGUUGAUUAGCCUGAGAUUUCUGAGGAGUUAAGUGCUUUUCAAAUAGGCUUCUCUACUAGAAUUUGGCUAGUCCUCUUGAUAAAAUCAGAAAUGGGAUCUUAAUUCUAAAUAAUAAGGAUUAGAAUCCUAUUAAUUUGUACUUGGAGAAAGCCCCAUUAAACUCAGUGGGAUUGACUUCUGAGUAAACAUUCAUGUGAUUGUUAAAAUAUUGGGUUAUAUCUAACAUAAUCCUUUCACUAUUGUACACUACUGACAAUUCAAAUUCAGAAUUAUUUUUGCAGCUUCUAGGUGUCCUCCAGAUCAGUUUUAUAGGACAAGGAGAUGAAUAGAAGCGAUUACUGUUUGAAGAGAAAUACAUUCACACAUAACAGAUGUAGUCCAUCAUGCUUUUGGUAUUCCUCAGACUUACCAAAAUGAGAGUUUCUUGAGCCUAUUUCUAUGACGAUGUAGGAGAUUCUGGAUUUCCUUAGACUGGUUCUGUUUGUGCUAUAAGUUUUCUAUCCUGCAUCUUUGUACAAUGGGAAAUAUUAACCAAUAUGCAAGGUGUCAUAUAUCUACCCUACUUUUUUAAAUUUUGUAUUUAUUAAUUUGUUUUAAGAUGUUCUCUGAUGCACACGUUUCCAGGUUUAAACACUGUUGACAACUAAAAUAUGAUGGAUAAUUGUCACAAUUAUAUCCCCCCCAGCAUGUCACUAUAAUCCAAUCAUAAACUGACUAUUCUUUAAUAAUGUUUUGUCCUACCCCUUCUGGGCAGCAAAAUAGGUUAAAAAAUUACACUGGAUUUUUCCCAAUAUACUUGUAAAUGUGAAUCUGCAAAAUAUACUGUCCUUGUUAAAGAAUAAACAUUUUGGUCAAUACA